UCAAGAAUAAAGCAAUUUGUAAUGAAAAAAUAUAAUAAAAAAGUAACAACCAGCACAUAAUUUUAUAAAAGCAACGACCAUCUUUCAUUUACAUUGUUUUAUUACAUAGUAGAUUAAAAGCUAGUUGGGUUGCAAUCUUGAAGCAGAAGAAGAGAAAUGGAAAACACAAAAACUGAUGGAAAAGAAGAAGAAGAAGAAGAGAGUGUAGUGUUCGAAAUUCCACUAGGAGACGCAGCAGAGACAUUCAACUUAGAGAAAGCAGUAUGCAGCCAUGGCUUAUUCAUGAUGUCUCCCAACCAUUGGGACCCUCUCUCCCUAACAUUCUCUCGACCUUUGCGUCUCUCUCUAUCUGAUUCUGAUCCUCAAGUUUCCACUCCUACUACUUCACUCUUUGUCUCCAUCUCUCACCCUCCUCACCUCCCUCGCUCUCUCAGCGUCCGCGUUUAUGGCACGCGUUGUCUCUCUCCAAAGCAUCAAGAAUCACUGGUGGCUCAGGUGGUGAGGAUGCUGAGGUUGUCGGAAACAGAUGAAAGGAAUGCAAGAGAGUUUAGAAAGAUAGCAGAGGCGGCAGCCGCGGAGGAAAAUAAUUCUUGGUUGACAGGUUUUGGUGGGAGAGUGUUUAGGUCUCCCACUUUGUUCGAGGAUAUGGUCAAGUGCAUUCUUCUUUGUAAUUGCCAAUGGCCGAGGACUUUGAGCAUGGCUAGAGCACUUUGUGAGUUACAGUGUGAACUGCAGUGUAAAUCAUCUGGUGUGUUUGUUGCUCAAGCUGUGAAUGCGACUGUCAAGAAUAAAUGUAAUGACACUGCUCAUAAUUUUAUUCCGAACACGUCUGCUGGUAAAGAGUCCAAGAGAAAUAUCAGAGCAUCUAAAGUUACAAAAAACUUAGCAAGCAAGAUUGUGGAAACAGAAACCCUCUUGGAAGCUGAUGCUAACUUGAAAACAGAUAGUGCCCAUAUUGGAAGAGAAACUCUGGAGAGUGUAGAAAAUGAUUCAUGUGCAAGAUGCAGUUCACGUCAUGGGUCUGAUUCCUGUGCGCCUGAUAGUCUUCAAUCUCAGCAUGGAAUACAACCUGGUGUGAACAAGAUGAUUUGUAAUUUCCCCAGUCCAAGAGAACUAGCAAAUCUUGAUGAAAGUUUUCUGGCCAAGCGCUGCAAUCUUGGCUACCGAGCAAUUCGAAUCAUAAAACUUGCUCAGAGUAUUGUAGAAGGGAGGAUUCCGCUAAGAGAAGUUGAAGAAGAUUGUGCUAAUGGAGCAAGCUCUUCUUGCUAUAACAAGUUGGCUGAUCAGUUUAGACAGAUAGAUGGAUUUGGUCCUUUCACAUGCGCAAAUGUGCUUAUGUGCAUGGGAUUUUAUCAUAUCAUUCCAACUGAUUCUGAGACAGUGAGACAUCUAAAACAGCUGUCAAUACAGGUGCAUGCAAAAAAAUCCACCAUUCAAACAGUUCAAAGGGAUGUUGAAGAGAUAUAUGGAAAAUAUGCGCCAUUCCAGUUCCUAGCAUACUGCUGUAGGAGAAUGCGACCGUCCCAUGACAAGGUUGUGAGCUCGGUGAAGACAUCGUAAUACUCAGAGUAUGAAGACAGAUAUGGAUCAACCUUUAAUGGGCUGCCCCCAUGAUUAUAGGUGGAGAGCUACCUGGACUCUUAGGACUAAGAGCGAGAGAUUCAUGGAGAAGUAAAGCGUGGUUCCUAGGGUGGAACAGAGGGCAGACGCAACUCCGGGAUGAGUGAGCUCGUGAUCAUAUUGAGAUACUCAGAUAAUGACUGUCGUACUUGGAAAUGAAAAUUUCCGUUUGAGGGGGUGUUGUAAGCCUUGAUGUGAGGCUUGAUAAAUCAUUCCGGACCGAGCAUGGUUGAUACGCUCGAAGUGGAAUGUUAUGUCCUAGAGACAAGCGUUAACACUCUUCAGAUGUGAAGUGGCAGACCAUCUGGUUGUAGUGAUCCUUUGGUGUGAGAAAAAGGUGUGCUUUGGUGACUCUAGUGAUUGAAAGGUGUGGCAAGUACCUGUAAACUUGACUGGAGACGCUCUCAGAAUGGUAAGCUUGGAAGAACUGCAACAUGCAAGCCUGUGUUGAAAAAACAAGAGGACAGUUGCCCCACAUGAAUGGCAAAGGGGGUGAUUGUUGGGUUGGUUGCCAUUAAUGUGCAGCAACCAUUAAUGGACGACACCGUCCAUUGACAAAUGCAGCAGCCCAUCCCAAGUGUCAAAGGUUGGCAGCCACCAUUGUUGAAGAAGAGCUGGAGUUGGCAGCCACCAUUAUUGCCUAUAAAUAGGCACCGAGAGAGAGAGCAAAGCAAAGAGAAAAGAAGAGAGAAAGAGGGGCUGCCAAGGGCAGCAUCUGUAAGUGCAGCAAUGAGAGCUGGGAGUUGAGUUUGAGUGAAGUGAUCCUCCUCCUCCACGUAUUUGUAUUGUAUCAUUUCUCUAUCUCUAAUAAUAUGGACCUCUCCCAUGGAUGUAGGUGGUUUUGCCGAACCACGUUAAAUAUUGUGUCCCAGUGUGCUAAUCCUUCAAUGGACAACUAUCAGUACAUCAGCGGUCCGCGCAUAGGGGGUCAACUGGUAUUCAACCCCCCUGUACGCGGACCAGUGAUGUACUGAUAGUUGCCCAUUGGAGGCUUAGCACACUAGGACACAAUAUUUAACGUGGUUCGGCAAAUCGCCUACAUCCACGGGAGAAGUCCAUAUUAUUAGAGAUAGAUAGAGAAAGAGUUACAACACACAUGGAGGAGGAGGAUUACUUCACUCAACUCUACUGUCAUUGCUCUCACACACAUUGCUGCACAAGGCAGCAGGGCUGCUGCCCUUAGCAACUACUCCCUCUUUCUCUCCUCACGUAUUUCUCUCUUGUUCUCUUCUCUGCUCAAACGCUGCUGCUCUUUCUCGGUGCCUAUUUAUAGGCAAGAAUGGUGCCACCAGCUCCAGCUCUUCUUCAACAAUGGUGGCUGCCAACUCCAGCUCUUCUUCAACAAUGGUGGUUGUCAACCUUUGACAUUUAGGAUGGGUGCACAUGGUUGGUGCAGCUGCAACUGCUGUAUUUGUCAAUGGACGGUGUCGUCCAUUAAUGGUUGUUGCACAUUAAUGGCAACAAACCCAACAAUCACCCCCUUUGUCAUUCAUGUGGAGCAUCUGUCCUCUUGCUUCUUCAGCACAGACUUGCAUCUUGCAGCUCUUCUAAGCUUACCAUUCUAAGAGCGUCUUUGGCCAAGUUUACAGGUACUUGCCACACCUUUCAAUCGCCAAAGUCACCAAAGCACUCCUUUUCUCACACAAAAGGAUCACUACAACCAGAUGGUCUGCCACAUCACAUCUGAAGAGUGUUAACGCUUCUCUCUAGGACACACAACAUUCCCCUUCGAACGUAUCAAGCAUGCUCGGUCCGGAAUGAUUAUCAAGCCUCACAUCAAUGCUUGUCUCUCUUCUUCUCUCUUUGCUUUGCUCUCUCUCACUCAAACUCUGCUCUCUCUCUCGUUGCCUAUUUAUAGGCAAGAAUGGUGCUACCAACUCCAACUCAUCUUUAACAAUGGUGGCUGCCAACUCCAGCUCUUCUUCAAUAAUGGUGGCUGCCAACCUUUGACACUUGGGAUGGGCUGCUGCAUUUGUCAAUGGACGGUGUCGUCCAUUAAUGGUUGCUGCACAUUAAUGGCAACAAACCCAACAUGUUCUUCAUCAAUGUACUUCUUGUGCCGAAUGAUUUUUAUACUACUCUAUUGAUGCUUGUUGUUCAUUAAUGUAGUUUGCAUCAUCCCCAUGAUA